AUGAGUAACUCCAAAAGAUAUGUCAGAUUUGAUGCUGACAUGGAAUCCAUGGAACCGAUGAACACGUCGUUGAAAAAAGACGACACGAAACUCGCGAAAAAGCUUUCACGAGUUUACUCCGAGGACUAUGUGAAAACUGACCCGACGGUUCUUGAUCCUCGAGGCGCAGCGAUAAACCAAUGGAACCAUUUGUUUCUCAUUGCAGCCUUGAUUUCACUUGCGGUAGACCCGCUUUUCUUCUACUUGCCUGUGACCAAAGAGAACAUGUGUCUUGAUGAGGACAUGACCCUCAAGAUCACACUCACUAUCAUCCGUUCGAUCGUCGAUAUCUUCUAUGGGAUCAAGAUUUAUGUGCGGUUUCGUACAGCUUACGUGGCAACUUCGUCACGUUUACUUGGGCGAGGCGUGUUGAUUCUGGAUUCUUCUAGUAUUUCUGAGAGGUAUUUGAGGGGUGAGUUUUGGCUUGAUUUUUUGGCCACACUUCCUAUUCCACAAGUCAUGACAUGGUUCCACAUUGUCGAUAAGACCGAAAUGAUGAGCACGAAAACAAGCGUGUUAUACUUUAUCAUGAUCCAGUUCUUGUUGAGGCUGUUUCUAACGUUUAGACUCGGGUCACAUAUAUCAAAACAAGCCGGUCUUGUGGCUAAUGUAGCGUGGGUCGGGGCUGCUUACAAUCUAUUAUUGUUUAUGUUGGCUUCUCAUGUGAUUGGCGCGAUGUGGUAUCUUUUAUCGAUUGAGAGGCAGGGGCUAUGUUGGGUGGAAGUAUGUGACAUGGAAACCGAAUGCAAACAUCGGUAUUUUGAUUGUGUUAAUGUGAAUCUUCCUAGUCGAGAAGCAUGGUUUCCAACGAGUAAUGUGUCGAGUAUAUGUGCGAGUGCUGAUAACUUCAAAUAUGGACUCGUUGAAGACGCUGUUAUAUACAGUAUCGCUUCGGCUAAUUUCUAUAAGAAGUAUGCUUAUUGUCUGUGGUGGGGUCUACGAGGCUUAGGUUCAGCAGGUCAAGAACUUCAAGCGAGCCCGUUUAUAGCGGAAUCACACUUUUGCAUACUCAUUGGGAUUACCGGAUUGGUGCUCUUUGCUUUGCUCAUUGGUAACAUGCAACAAUAUCUAGAGUCAAGAACUAAACGACUCGAGGAAUAUCGGGUGAAGCGGAUGGAUACCGAGCAAUGGAUGCACCACAGGCAUCUACCACACGAAUUGAGGGAACGUGUACGCAAACAUGAUCUCCACAAAUGGAUUGCAACCCGAGGGGUUGACGAAGAAGAAAUUCUUCGACCCCUUCCUCUCGGUAUUAAAAGAGAUAUCAAACGUUAUGUAUGCGCCGAGCUGGUUAGAAGGGUUCCUUUAUUUGAUCAAAUGGACGAACGCACUGUGGAUGCAAUAUGUGAAAGAUUAAAACCCGUGAUAUCAACACCAGGAACAUGUCUAGUACGAGAAGGUGACCCCACAAAUGAAAUGUUAUUUAUCAUGCGGGGUCACCUAGAUUCUCAUACUACUGGUGGGGGCCGAUCUGGUUUCUUCAACCAGUGUGAGAUCGGCCCAGGAGACUUUUGUGGUGAGGAACUACUAACAUGGGCUUUGGACCCAUGUCCAAGUGUCAUCAUUCCAUUAUCCACACGUACAGUCACCGCCAUCUCUGAAGUGGAAGCUUUUGCUCUCACCAAAGAAGACUUAAGAUUUGUGGCCGUACAAUUUCAUAAACUUCACAACAAGAAACUAAGGCACACGUUUAGAGUUCACUCCCACCAAUGGCGAACUUGGGCUGCUUGUUUCAUACAAGCAGCUUGGAAACGAUACAAAAGGCGAAAAGAGGUUGGACUUCUUAGAGUUAAAGAGAGUCUGAGCACUCAUAGCAUCAACAACAAGUCGAGUAGAAAGAAACAUGGUUUAUCGAUAUUGGCAACGAGCUUAAGAAGAGGACAAGGAUACAAUGACGAUGAUGUCAUUCGCAGCCCCAUGCCAAAACCAAAGGAUCCUGAGUUUCUAGACGAUGAUAGUAAUUGAAGCAGGGGUUAAGUUUCACAUCUUUGAUCAAAUAAUGCAAGAUUCUAAACAUUUUGCAAUUUCUACUGCUUAAUUGAAUUACUAUUAUUGU